CACCCCCCGCUCCGGAUUGUCUCCUGAUUGCCCCGGACCCUUCGCAGCUCCUACCCCCACCCGCGGGGCUGUUUUCGAGAGCCGGCUAAAAUGGCUGAGAACUUGCUGGACGGACCGCCCAACCCCAAACGAGCCAAACUCAACUCGCCUGGGUUCUCCGCCAGUGACAAUACAGAUUUUGGGUCACUGUUUGACUUAGAAAAUGAUCUUCCUGAUGAACUGAUCCCCAAUGGUGGAGAAUUAGGCAUUUUAAACAGUGGGAACCUUGUUCCAGAUGCAGCUUCCAAACACAAACAACUUUCAGAGCUUCUGAGAGGAGGCAGUGGCUCUAGUCUAAACCCAGGAAUAGGAAAUGUGAACUCCAAUAGCCCUGUCCAGCAAGGAAUUGGUAGCCAGGCCCAAGGGCAGCCGAACAGUGCUAAUAUUGCUAAUCUAGGUGCCAUGGGCAAGAGCCCUCUGAAUCAGGGAGACUCUUCAGCAUCAAGCCUGCCAAAGCAGGCCACUAACACCUCUGGACCUACACCCCCUGCUUCACAAGCAUUGAACUCUCAAGCACAAAAACAAGUGGGGUUGGUGACUAGCAGUCCUGCUACAUCACAGACUGGACCUGGGAUCUGCAUGAAUGCUAAUUUUAAUCAGACACAUCAAGGCCUUCUUAAUAGUAACUCUGGCCAUAGUUUAAUGAAUCAGCCCCAGCAAGGCCAGGGGCAGGUAAUGAAUGGAUCUCUUGGUGCAGCUGGAAGAGGAAGAGGAGCUGGGAUGCAGUAUUCUGCUCCUGCCAUGCCAGGGAAUGCAGGCAGUGUGCUGGCAGAGACUCUGACCCAAGUUUCACCACAAAUGGCCAGUCAUGCAGGAUUGAGCACGGCACAGGCAGGAGCUAUGACAAAGAUGGGAAUGACUGGCAACACAAGUCCAUUUGGGCAACCCUUUAGUCAGACUGGAGGGCAACAAAUGGGAGCUACUGGAGUAAAUCCUCAAUUAUCAAGCAAACCAGGCAUGGUGAACAGUUUGCCACCCUUUCCUACUGACAUCAAAAAUACUCCAGUUACCAAUGUGCCAAAUAUGUCUCAAAUGCAAACACAGGUACAGCAAGUAGGAAUUGUACAAACACAAGCAAUGGCGACUGGACCUACUGCAGAUCCUGAGAAACGCAAACUGAUACAGCAGCAGCUGGUACUCCUGCUUCAUGCUCAUAAAUGUCAGCGACGAGAACAAGCAAAUGGAGAGGUUCGGGCCUGUUCUCUGCCACACUGUCGAACCAUGAAAAAUGUUUUAAAUCACAUGACACAUUGUCAGGCUGGGAAAGCUUGUCAAGUUGCCCAUUGUGCAUCUUCUCGACAAAUCAUCUCCCAUUGGAAGAAUUGCACGCGGCAUGAUUGUCCUGUGUGUCUCCCUUUGAAAAAUGCCAGUGACAAGCGAAAUCAACAACCCAUCUUGGGAUCUCCAGCAAGUGGAAUUCAGAAUACCAUUGGUUCUGUUGGUUCAGGCCAACAGAAUACUCCUACUUUAAGUAACCCCAAUCCAAUUGAUCCCAGCUCCAUGCAACGGGCUUAUGCUGCUCUUGGACUACCCUAUGGCAACCAACCACAGACACAGUUGCAGCCUCAAGUAUCUGGCCAGCAACCAGCACAACCUCAAACUCACCAGCAGAUGAGGACUCUGAAUGCAUUGGGUACUAAUCCAAUGACCAUUCCAACUGGAGGGAUUGCAACAGACCAACAACCAAAUCUGAUUUCAGAAACUGCUCUUCCAACUUCCCUUGGAGCAACAAACCCAUUAAUGAGUGAUGGUACCAAUUCUGGUAAUAUUGGAAGCCUCGGCACCAUGCCUACAGCUGCACCUCCUUCUAGCACUGGAGUUAGGAAAGGCUGGCAUGAACAUGUCACUCAGGACCUGCGUAACCAUUUAGUACAUAAACUUGUCCAAGCCAUCUUUCCAACACCUGACCCAGCAGCCCUGAAGGAUCGCCGCAUGGAGAAUUUGGUGGCUUAUGCUAGGAAAGUGGAAGGGGACAUGUAUGAGUCUGCUAAUAGCAGGGAUGAAUAUUAUCAUUUGUUAGCAGAGAAAAUCUAUAAAAUACAGAAAGAAUUAGAAGAAAAACGAAGGUCUCGUUUACAUAAACAAGGGAUCUUGGUUAAUCAGCCAGCUUUACAAACUCCUGGGGCUCAACCCCCAGGUAUUGCACAGGUUGCUUCUGGCAUGGGCCAGGCACAGUCCGUGAGACCUCCAAAUGGACCUAUGACCAUGCCAAGUGUGCCUAUGAACCGCAUGCAGGUUUCUCCAGGAAUGAAUCAGUUUAAUCCACUGUCCAUAGGAAAUGUUCAAAUGUCACAGGCACCCAUGGGACCUCGGGCAGCUUCCCCGAUGAAUCACCCUGUCCAAAUGAAUAACAUGGGCUCUGUUCCAGCGAUGGCAAUGUCUCCUUCCCGGAUGCCUCAACCACAGAACAUGAUGGGAACUCAUUCCAAUAACAUGAUGGCUCAGGCUCCUACCCAAAGUCAGUUCUUGCCACAGAAUCAGUUUCCACCCUCUGGUGGGACUAUGAAUGUCAACAGUGUAGGAAUGGGUCAAUCAACAGCACAAGCAGGAGUAGCACAGCAGGGACAAGUACCCAACACUGCUCUUCCUAACACCAUGAAUAUACUGGGUCCACAGGGCAGUCAGUUACCUUGUCCACCAGUAACCCAGUCUCCUUUGCAUCAGACUCCACCACCAGUUUCUACAGCAGCUGGCAUGCCACCUAUUCAGCAUCAGACACCUCCUGGAAUGACUCCUCCUCAGCCUGCAGCCCCUACACAACCUUCAACACCAGUUUCUUCUUCAGGACAGACGCCCACCCCAACUCCUGGCUCAGUACCUAAUGCUACCCAAACACAGAGUACUCCUACAGUUCAAGCAGCAGCUCAGGUCCAAGUAACACCUCAGCCACAGACACCUGUACAGCCUCAAUCUGUGCCCACCCCACAACCAUCUCAACAGCAACCAACAUCUGUGCAUGCUCAACCUCCUGGCACUCCACUUUCCCAGGCAGCUGCUAGCAUUGAAAACAGAGUUCCCACUCCAGCCUCAGUGGCUAGUGCUGAAACCAAUUCCCAGCAACCUGGACCUGAUGUACCAAUGAUGGAAAGUAAAACAGAAAGCAAACCUGAAGAAACUGAGCCUGAUCCUAGUGAAACAAAGGGGGAAUCUAGAACUGAGAUGGAGGAGGAUUUGCAGGGGUCUUCCCAGGUAAAAGAAGAAAGUGAUGUAACAGAAUCCAAACAGGAACCAAUGGAGGUUGAAGAAAAGAAAUCAGAAAUAAAAGUGGAGUCUAAAGAGGAAGAGGAGAAUAGUAAUAAUGGUGCAACUGCCCAGUCUACAUCACCUUCUCAGCCUCGUAAAAAAAUCUUUAAACCAGAAGAGUUGCGACAGGCUCUCAUGCCUACAUUAGAAGCAUUGUAUCGCCAAGAUCCAGAGUCUUUACCUUUUAGGCAGCCUGUGGAUCCCCAGCUCCUAGGAAUUCCAGAUUAUUUUGACAUUGUGAAGAACCCUAUGGAUCUUUCCACCAUUAAGAGGAAAUUGGAUACAGGGCAGUACCAAGAGCCUUGGCAAUAUGUGGAUGAUGUUUGGUUAAUGUUUAACAAUGCCUGGCUCUACAAUCGUAAGACUUCCAGAGUCUAUAAGUUUUGUACUAAACUUGCAGAGGUCUUCGAACAAGAAAUUGACCCUGUUAUGCAGUCCCUUGGAUACUGCUGUGGACGCAAGUAUGAGUUCUCUCCACAGACCUUGUGCUGCUAUGGUAAGCAGCUAUGUACAAUUCCUCGAGAUGCUGCCUACUACAGUUAUCAGAAUAGGUAUCAUUUCUGUGAGAAGUGUUUCACAGAGAUCCAGGGGGAGAAUGUUACCCUGGGUGACGACCCUUCUCAGCCCCAGACGACUAUUUCAAAGGAUCAGUUUGAAAAGAAGAAAAAUGAUACACUAGAUCCUGAGCCCUUUGUUGACUGUAAGGAAUGUGGCCGGAAGAUGCAUCAGAUUUGUGUUCUGCACUAUGAUAUUAUUUGGCCUUCAGGCUUUGUUUGUGACAAUUGCUUAAAGAAAACUGGCAGAACUCGCAAAGAAAACAAAUUCAGUGCUAAGAGACUACAAACUACCCGAUUGGGAAACCAUCUUGAAGACAGAGUUAAUAAAUUUUUGCGGCGUCAGAAUCAUCCUGAAGCUGGUGAAGUUUUUGUCAGAGUGGUGGCCAGUUCAGAUAAAACAGUAGAAGUCAAGCCUGGAAUGAAAUCAAGGUUUGUGGAUUCUGGUGAAAUGUCUGAAUCUUUUCCUUAUCGAACCAAAGCACUGUUUGCUUUUGAAGAAAUUGAUGGCGUGGAUGUAUGCUUCUUUGGAAUGCAUGUACAGGAAUAUGGCUCUGAUUGCCCUCCACCCAAUACAAGGCGCGUGUACAUAUCGUAUCUGGAUAGUAUUCAUUUCUUCCGACCUCGUUGCCUUCGGACAGCUGUUUAUCAUGAAAUCCUAAUUGGUUAUCUGGAAUAUGUGAAGAAAUUGGGGUAUGUCACAGGACAUAUCUGGGCAUGUCCUCCAAGUGAAGGAGAUGAUUACAUCUUUCAUUGCCACCCUCCUGAUCAAAAAAUCCCUAAACCUAAACGAUUACAGGAAUGGUACAAAAAGAUGCUGGACAAGGCCUUUGCUGAGCGCAUCAUUCAUGACUAUAAGGACAUUUUCAAACAAGCAACGGAGGAUAGGCUUACAAGUGCCAAGGAGCUACCAUAUUUUGAAGGUGAUUUUUGGCCUAAUGUUUUGGAAGAGAGCAUUAAGGAACUUGAACAGGAAGAAGAAGAAAGAAAAAAAGAAGAGAGUACUGCAGCUAGUGAAACCACAGAGGGCAGCCAAGGUGACAGCAAGAAUGCCAAGAAAAAGAACAACAAGAAAACCAACAAGAAUAAAAGCAGCAUCAGCAGAGCCAACAAAAAGAAACCCAGCAUGCCGAAUGUGUCCAAUGACUUGUCUCAGAAGCUCUAUGCCACCAUGGAGAAACAUAAAGAGGUCUUCUUUGUGAUUCAUCUCCAUGCUGGGCCUGUAAUAAACACUCUGCAUCCAAUUGUGGACCCUGAUCCAUUACUCAGCUGUGAUCUAAUGGAUGGGCGUGAUGCCUUCCUUACCCUAGCCAGAGACAAGCAUUGGGAGUUCUCCUCAUUACGUCGAUCCAAGUGGUCAACAUUGUGUAUGUUGGUAGAGCUACACACUCAAGGGCAAGAUCGUUUUGUCUACACUUGCAAUGAGUGUAAACACCAUGUAGAAACCAGGUGGCAUUGUACAGUCUGUGAGGAUUAUGACCUUUGCAUUAACUGCUACAACACUAAGAGUCAUGACCACAAAAUGGUUAAAUGGGGCUUGGGCUUGGAUGAUGAGAGCAAUAGCCAAGGAGAGCAGCAAUCUAAGAGCCCACAGGAAUCACGGCGUUUGAGCAUCCAGCGUUGCAUCCAAUCCUUGGUCCAUGCCUGCCAGUGUCGAAAUGCAAACUGCUCCUUGCCAUCUUGUCAGAAGAUGAAACGGGUUGUUCAGCAUACCAAGGGCUGCAAGCGCAAGACCAAUGGAGGCUGCCCAGUGUGCAAACAGCUCAUUGCCCUUUGUUGCUACCAUGCCAAACACUGCCAAGAGAACAAAUGCCCUGUGCCAUUCUGUCUCAACAUCAAACACAAGCUUCGACAGCAGCAGAUUCAGCAUCGUCUGCAGCAGGCUCAACUCAUGCGACGACGAAUGGCCACCAUGAACACCCGCAAUGUGCCUCAGCAAAGUUUGCCUUCUCCUACCUCAGCAACACCUGGUACCCCUACACAGCAGCCAAGCACCCCCCAGACGCCUCAGCCUCCCCCCCAACCUCAGCCUUCACCUGUAAGCAUGUCACCAGCUGGCUUCUCCAAUGUGGCCAGAACACAACCCCCAACCACAGUUUCCACUGGAAAACCUUCCAACCAGGUGGCUGCGCCACCCCCUCCCGCCCAACCCCCUCCAGCUGCUGUGGAAGCAGCUCGGCAGAUUGAGCGAGAAGCUCAGCAGCAACAACAUCUGUAUCGAGUCAAUAGCAUCAACAACGGCCUGCCUCCAGGGCGUACAGGCAUGGUGAGUCAAGCUGUGGGGCCAGUGAAUCAGAUGCCUCAAGUUGGCAUGAAUGUUCCCCGACCAAACCCAGUGACUGGGCCAGUAAUGUCUAAUAUGCAGCCAGGUCAGUGGCAGCCAGCUCCCAUCCCUCAGCAGCAGCCUAUGGCAGGAAUGCAGAGACCUGUCAUGCCCAUGCCAGCGCAGCAGACAGUUGCUGGGCCACGGAUGCCAGGAGUGCAGCCCCCACGGAGUAUCCCACCUACUGCCUUGCAGGAUUUGUUACGGACACUGAAAUCCCCCAGUUCACCACAGCAACAGCAACAAGUGCUAAAUAUCCUUAAAGCAAAUCCUCAACUCAUGGCAGCUUUCAUAAAGCAGCGAACAGCUAAAUAUGUGGCUAACCAGCCUGGAAUGCAGCCCCAAACCAGUAUCCAGCAGCAAACUGGAAUGCAGCAACCCAUCAUGCAUACACAGCCUGCUUUACAAAACAUGAGUGCAAUGCAAGCAGGAGUUCAGAGGCCUAAUGUCCCCCCUCAGCAGCAAGCAAUGGGAGGCAUGAAUCCCCAGGGGCAGGCAAUAAACAUCAUGAACACAGGGCACAAUCCCAGCAUGGCAAGUAUGAAUCCACAGUACAGAGAGAUGAUUAGGAGGCAGUUGCUGCAGCAGCAGCAACAGCAGCAGCAGCAACAACAAGGAGGUGCUGGGAUGGCAGGUGCAAUGGCAGGGCAUAGCCAGUUCCAGCAGCCUCAAGGACCUGGGGGUUAUCCUCAAGCCAUGCAGCAACAAAGGAUGCAACAACAUUUAUCCAUACAGGGCGGCUCCAUGGGCCAGAUGGCUCAAAUGGGACAACUGAGCCAAAUGGGCCAACCUGGCCUGGGGGCAGAUGGCACCUCCAAUAUUCAGCAAGCACUGCAGCAGCGGAUUCUGCAGCAACAGCAAAUGAAGCAGCAGAUAGGGUCCCCAGGCCAGCCUAAUCCUAUGAGCCCACAGCAGCAUAUGCUCUCAGGACAACCACAGGCAUCUCAUCUCCCUGGCCAACAGAUAGCCACCUCCCUCAGUAACCAGGUGCGGUCUCCAGCCCCUGUCCAGUCUCCACGUCCCCAGUCCCAGCCACCACAUUCCAGCCCAUCACCAAGGAUACAACCCCAGCCUUCACCACAUCACGUCUCACCCCAGACUGGUUCCCCCCACCCAGGACUUGCAGUUACCAUGGCUAGCUCCAUGGAUCAGGGACAUUUGGGUAACCCCGAACAGAGUGCAAUGCUUCCGCAACUAAACACCCCAAACAGGAGUGCGUUGUCCAAUGAAUUAUCCCUGGUUGGUGAUACCACAGGAGACACACUAGAAAAAUUUGUGGAGGGUUUGUAGCAUUAUGGGAGCAUCAUCUUUUUUUUUUUUUUCCUUUUCAUGUUCUUGGACAUUUUGUACUGAAAAUCCAGACAUCUAGGUUAUUUUUGAUCCUAGAUGGAACUGCUACUUCCAAGCCAUGGAAGGACGAAUUGCUGUUUAAAGAAACAAUACAAAGAAUAUAUUUUUUGUUAAAACCAGUUGAUUAAAUAUCUGGUCUCUUUUUGUUUUUUUUGUUUUGUUUUUUGGGGUUGGGGGAUGUGGGAGGGGUGGUUUUGUUUGAAUUCUUUUUUUUGUCAUUGAUGGUGACUCAUGUCUUUUUUUUAAAUGGGGAAAACAAGUUCAUUAUAUUCAUAUUUUUUAUUUGUAUUUUCAAGACUUUAAACAUUUGUGUUUAAAAGUGAGAAGAAAAAAUAAUAUUCAGAAACUGAUUCCUGAAAUAAUGCAAGCUUAUAAUGUGUCCCGGUAACUUUCUGACAUGUUCCGGGAAGAUUUUUUUUCUAUAGUGAACUCUGCGGGCGUUCCAAGUAUUACCCCUGGAAGAUAGGAAUUGACUCUUGCGUGCACACACAUAUACACACACAUACACACACACACAAACACGCGCACGCACACACACACAGACACACACACACACAUACAUAUACACACAUACACAACACACACAUGCACACAUGCACCCCCUAUACAUACUGGCUUAUGCCAAAAUCCUUGUCUUGCAGAUGUAGAAAUUGUUGCUUUGUUUCUCUGAUAAAACUGGUUUUAGACGAUAAAAUAGGGAUGAUCACUCUUAGACCGUGCUGAUUUUAAUAGAGAAGAAACAUUCUUUUCUUUCUUCUAUGUGAAACUUGAAAUGAGGAAAAGCAAUUCUAGUGUAAAUCAUGCAAGCUCUAUAAUUACUAUAAAUAAGAAAAUCCAAGAAGAUUCAAUCACUGUAUAGAAUGGUAAAAUACCAACUCAUUUCUUACUUAUUAUAUCAUAUUGUUAAAUAAACUGUGUGCAACAGACAAAAAGGGUGGUCCUUCUUGAAUUCAUGUACAUGGUAUUAACACUUAGUGUUUGGGGUUUUUUGUUAUGAAAAUGCUGUUUUCAACAUUGUAUUUGGACUAUGCAUGUCUUUUUUUCCCAUUGUAUAUAAAGUACUGCUUAAAAUUGAUAUAAAUUACUGAAGUUUUUAACAUGUAUUCUGUUCUUUAAGAUCCAUGUAAGAAUGUUUAAGGUUUUUAUUUAUUUAUAUAUUUUUUUGGAUUCUGUUCUUUGUAAGACAUGAUUCUGGUAUUCACUCAUAGAAGCAGCCUGGGGCAUUGGUAGUGGUGGCAUGAUUUAUGACAUAUCUAGUUAACAUGUCUGGUGAAGAGCAGACUUUUUAGAAUAUUUCCUUGGGAAUGAGUGAAGCAAGGUCAGUCUAUAUCCCGUACAGUAAAUGCUUACAGGUAUUCAUAAGUUAUAUAGUAGAUGAAUAACCAUUUAUUUAAAAAGGCCUUGGAUGAAACUCCUUUCUUUUUUUUUUUUCUUCUUUUACUUUUACUUUUCUUUUGUUUGUUUGUUUGUUUUUGACCCAUCCUACCUCCUUUUCUUAGCCCUUAUGAAAUACUGGGUGAAGAGCCUUCAUCCAGUUGCUCAGUAUGGGUGGCAGUUCCUGAAUAGAAGAUCCAGGCCUGGUUUCAUGAGCAACCGGAAAGCCGGAGGAAGGUUGUCCUUGGUUCCCAACUAUUCUACUUGACCAUUUGGCUUAAAAGAAUAAUACUGCCUGUAUUACAGGUGUAAAUUACAGACUCUUCUACCUCCAGAGCUAACCCUGAUCCUCAUCCAUUGUUAUACUUGGCUCUUGCUUAUCUGGCCCAGACUAAAUACCAUAUUCUUGUGGAAGUGAAGUGUUCAGUAUCUUUUAUCUUUUAGUAACUUAGCCAAAGGCAUAAGGUUCUCCAAUCAGGGAAUUUGCUAAUGGAAGUUCACCUUUUUUCCUACCAAUAAUUCUAUAAUUGGCCCCAGGCCAAUGAUUGAUUAAGUGUGGCCAUCCCAGUACUGUGGGAACACCCUGUAAUCCAAGGGGACCUGUUGAUUCCCCCUUAGGUCCAAUUUUCAGAUGCUCAUAAUGAGUGGGUUGAUUAUUUUAAUUCCAUGAUUACUGUAAAAAUUGCAUACACUUCAGAGAAGGAUCACCAGUGGAGAGAUUUCAAGUUAGACUAAUCUUGUUUAGUCUGCUGCACCAUAGGUUGCUAAUGACUUGAAUUCUGUUUCUCCUAGUAUCCCCAAUCCCCUAAUGAAAUGGGACUUCUAGAUCAAGUGGGUUUUCUGUGGAAUAAAAAUCAUGGCCCAAAUAUACUCCUUUUGGCCCUCUUGUUUCUGGAGAUAUUUUCAAAAUGCUUUGUUUCAGAAUCUAAAUCUGAAGAAACUUUCCAAGUAGCUUAAACCUUACAAUCCACUUUUGCACAGUGUUCCAUGAUUUGAGUUUUAAUAAUGUAGAAUUAGUUGAACUAGACUUGCAUCAGAUGAGAAUGCAGGACACCGCUCUUCCCCUCUCCCCCAAGAAAUACCCUAGGUCCCCACUGAUAUAAACAAUGCUUAUUAACAGUGCUUAGCUUGCUUAAUUUUUACAUAUAUUAGCCCCUGCCAGUAUUACCUUUUUACUAGUGGGACAGUAUCGGACAGUAUAUUAAAACAACAAAGAUAAUUGAAGCUGAUGAUUUGUGAAACUGGAGAGCUAUUGGCCCCAUACUGUGAAUAUGGCAUACUCCCACCUUGUUUAGUCUUUCUAACCUGUUAAAUGAAGAGCAUUUCUGUUAAAAGUUUUUCUGCAAUUCGAAACUCUUUGUACCAACUUCAACAUCUUUGGAUUCCUCAUCCCAUGCAACUGUCUUAAGCAAUCAAGAUGUCAAAAGAUGGGGCUGAGGGUGUGGUCAGUGGACACUAACCCUAAGCUUGUCAGAAGGAAAUUGCUGUAAGAAAGAUGGAAAGCCCCAAUGCUGUGUCUCAUGCUGUAUACUUAAAAGGGGGGAGGGGGGAAAGUCCUAUAUUUGUGAUCAAAAAGAGGAAACUUGAAAUGUGCUGGUGUUUAUAAUAAAAGCUGGUAAAACUG